GGCCGCGGGGGGAUCGGGACUGGGACCGGGAUCGGGAUCGGGAUCGGGAUCGCGAUCGUGUGUGUGCGCUGAGGGCGGCGGUGGCGGCUGCGGCCCGGGCGGGGGGAGUGGGGGCCCCGGGGCCGUGCAAGACGCUGAGCCGGGGCCGGUGCCGGCGGCUGACAGCAGGUCCCGACCCCGCCGAGGGCCCCGCCGCGCGCCGCCAUGGGCAAGAAAAGCAAGUUGGGAAAGAGCCGGAGGGACAAGUUCUACCACCUGGCGAAGGAGACGGGAUUUCGCUCCCGCUCCUCCUUCAAGCUUCUCCAGCUCAAUAGGAAGUUCCAGUUCCUGCAGAAGGCGCGGGCGCUGCUGGACCUGUGUGCGGCCCCCGGCGGGUGGCUGCAGGUGGCUUCCAAAUUCAUGCCAGUUUCCAGCUUGAUCAUUGGAGUGGACUUGGUCCCCAUCAAGCCCAUUCCCAACGUAGUGACGCUGCAGGAGGACAUCACCACUGAGAAGUGCCGCCAGGCCCUGCGCAAGGAGCUGCAGACGUGGAAGGUGGACGUGGUGCUGAACGAUGGAGCACCCAACGUGGGAGCCAGCUGGGUGCACGAUGCCUACUCCCAAGCCAACCUGACCCUCAUGGCUCUGAAACUGGCCUGCGAAUUCCUCUGCAAAGGCGGCUGGUUCAUCACUAAGGUUUUUCGUUCCCGGGACUACCAGCCACUUCUCUGGAUCUUCCAGCAGUUCUUCCACAAGGUCCAGGCCACCAAGCCCCAAGCUUCCCGCAACGAGUCUGCUGAGAUCUUUGUGGUGUGCCAGGGUUAUCAAGCUCCAGACAAAAUCGACAGCAAGUUCUUUGAUCCAAAAUACGCCUUCAAGGAGGUGGAGGUUCAGGCUAAGUCUGUUAGUGAGCUGGUUAACAAAAAGAAACCAAAGGCAGAAGGCUACGCAGAUGGUGACACGACCCUCUACCACCGCUUCACCCUGAUGGACUUCCUCAAGGCUCCCAACCCUGUGGACUUCCUCUCUAAGGCCAAUGAGAUCACGCUGGGGGACGGUGAGCUGGAGAAUCACAGUUCCACCACGGAGGAGCUGCGUCAGUGCUGCAAGGACAUCCGCGUGCUGGGACGCAAAGAGCUCAGAGCCCUGCUGAACUGGAGGACGAAGUUGCGGCGUUUUUUGGCCAAAAAGCUGAAAGAGCAAGCAAAGGAAUUGGAUAUCAACCUGAGCUCCGGUGAAGAGGAGGAAGGCAAUGAGGAGGAGAAGAGGGAAAAGAAGACAUUGCCAAGAGCCGCAGCUGAUGAGGUGGUAAAAGAGGAAGAGGAGGAGGUAGAGCUGGCAUUGGCAGAGAUGAAGGCUAAGGAGCUGGCAGAGCUAAAAAGAAAGAAGAAAAAGAUCCUGAAGGAACAGCGGAAGCAGCGCGAGCGAGUGGAGCUGAAGAUGGACCUCCCUGGCGUCUCCAUUGCCGAUGACGGUGACACCAGCAUGUUCUCCCUCCGGACUCUCCACAGGACCCCGCUGCUGAACGAGAUGACCCGGGGGGACAUGGCAUCGGCAGAUGCCCUGCUGGAGACAGGACCUGGGGACGAUGACAUUUAUAUCUCAGAUAACGAGGAAGGGGACGAUGUGUCCCUGGCCAGCGAUCUAGACCCGGAGGAGCUGCUUGAGAUAGAGGCCCGUCAGCGCCGGCUGGAGCGGGAAAGGCGAGAGCAGGGUGCAAAGAGAGUGAAGUUUAAGCAAAAGGAAGAAGAGGAGGAAGAGGAGAAUCCCCUGUUGGUGCCCCUGGAGGAGAAGUCGGAGCUGGAGGAACGGCAAACCAGCCUGUGGUUCGGGAAGGACGCCUUUGCCGGCAUUGAGGACGAUGCGGAUGAGGACCUGGAGCUGGGGCAGUCGCAGGUGUUGGCUGAGAGACAGCGUGAGUCUCAGAGAGACAAAGCCACAAGGAAAGGGCAGAAGAAGAAGGUUCCCCAGGAGGAAGCUCCAGCUGAGCCCCCGCCUGCCGCAGACACAGGGCCCGACGCUGGUAAAGCGCAGGACGAGCAGAGCAGUGAUGAUGGCAGCAGCAGCGACGAGGAGAGGCCGCUGACACGGGUGGGGAAGAAGCAGGGCCGUGUUGAGCCGUGUGGCUUUGAGGUGGUGCCCAUUGAGAACCCAGUGAAAAGAGCCCGCAUCCUGGACGCAGAGGGCCUGGCACUCGGCUCUGUCAUCGCCACCUCCAAAAAGGCCAGGCGGGACCUGAUUGAUGACUCCUUCAACAGGUAUUCCUUCAACGAGGACGAGGGAGAGCUGCCGGAGUGGUUCACAGAGGAGGAGAAGCAGCACCGGCGCAAGCAGAUACCUGUGGACCGGCAGACGGUCGAGGCCUAUCGGCAGCGCUGGCGUGAAAUCAAUGCUCGCCCCAUCAAGAAGGUGGCAGAGGCCAAGGCCCGCAAGAAGCGGCGGAUGCUGAAGAAGAUGGAGCAGAUGAAGAAGAAAGCAGAGGCCGUGGUGAGCACGGUGGAUAUCUCAGAGAGGGAGAAGGUGGCCCAGCUGCGGCGGAUCUACAAGAAGGCUGGGCUGGCCAAGGAGAAGCGGCAGGUCACCUACUUGGUAGCUAAGAAAGGCGUAGGACCCCGGGUGCGCCGUCCUCCCGGCGUCAAGGGCCAGUUCAAGGUCGUCGACAGCCGCCUGAAGAAGGAUGUAAGGGCUCAGAAACGCAAAGAACAGAAGAAGAAACGCCAUAAGUGAUGUGGGACUGGCUCCAUCCUCCACAAGGGACUCGGCUUGGGCAUGACUGGCUCCUGUCCCACCACAGCCUUGGGAGCAGCCGGACUCACCCCGCCACCCUCCCCCAUCGUGGGGACAGGGCUGUGACUUAGCCCCCUGUUGCUAUUAGUCCGUGCCUUGACGUGACAUUGCCUCCUGUCCUCCAGUGAGGCAGGGAGGGGUUAUUUGGCCUCAGCGCUGUAGCACCGACCCCCUUCCCGUGCUCACUGUGGGUGGCCGCAUCUCCAGGUCUCUCACCGUUUGCUGGCUCUGCUGGGAGGCUCUUGCCCUGCAGAGAUGGCACGAGCACCCACGCCAGCCCUCGCUGUCCUGAGAGGUCAUGGCUCGGGUGGAUGGCUCCUGGGCCAUAUUUGUCACUGGGGUCGCAGGGCGGUGGGUGUUGAGCUCUGAGGCGGGUGGGUGUCGGUGGUCUGCAUGGAGCGGCUCCUCAGUUGCAGCAGAAUUAAAACCUGGUCUGACAAAGCCCCA